AGGUUCUCAGGCUGAGGCAAAAGAUGACAGAGUUAGAUACAUUACAAUAUGAUCGAGCGGGACACAGGCCAGGGCAUUUGGGACCCGCCUGUGAACAUGCACGACACACUACUGGUCACUGACUUGCCGACCUACAAAAUCGCGCGCCCAGAAGCUUGUUGUUAGGCUAGCCCUGCAUUAAAAGCUUACUCCAUACAUUGCACCCUCUCUGCUGCAAGAUGAACACCACCAGCUUCAUUAAGGGCCCAGCCGUGAAAGCCGCGUGCAUCGCUAUCCUGGCGGGCACCGCCACGUUCGUGCUCGCUCGGCGAGGAGGCUUGCUACGGAUCCUUCGCCGCAAAAGCGACUGUAAACCCAAGGACAAGUCAUGCAGCGCGAAAAGCGGUAUCGCGACUGUUUCAUCUUCGCCCAACGACGCGGCCGCGGUGCCUUUGCGCGAUGACCUGCAGCCGACGAAGGCCGCCGAUGAGGCCGCUGACGCCACCUCCAGCAGCGGCGGUGCCAGCAGCCCUAGCGGCGAGCUCGCUCUGGCCGCCGUCAACGACAAGUCCAGCUCGGGCCCCUCCGACGCCUCCACGGGCGGCUGCGCCUCCUCCGCCAGCUCUGGCAACACGGCGGCCGGCAGCCUCAGCGGCACGGGCCUCUCCGCCUUCCGUGGGGACAACGCCGCGUGCAGCGCCACCACCGCUGACACCAUCGCCACUGCUUUCCCCAACAAUGCCAAGGAGGCACAGGUGGAAACCGUGGAGCGCACAGAGGCGUCCUGCAUGAGUGACGAGGAGGUCAAGGCCUUCAUCAAGCAAAACGGUCUUACGCUCUGCAUCCCCCAGCGCGAGCUGGGCAAGGGCGCUUUCGGCCACGUGGAAAUGGUGAUCAUUACCCUGCCUGACGGCACCACCGUCAAGGCCGCACGCAAGACCCUGCACGCGUGUGAGACCAAGGGCGCUGUGGCUGCACUACGCCGCAUACUGAACCAGGAGCUGGCAGGGCUGGCUGCUGCCGCGGGCUGCGAGCACGCGGUGCAGUGCCUGGGCUACCGGCUGCCGACUGAUGACGACGAGCGGGCGGAGCUGCUGCUGAGCUGUGCGGAGGGCGGCUCCGUAGAGAACCUGCUGAAUGCGCUGGCCAAGGAGCACUUUGAUCGCAUUGACAACGCGCCCGAGCGCCGGCGCACCGGCAAGAACAAGGACAAGUAUGAGAUGCUGCCGUACCCCGGCAACACGCUCAUGGAUGAGGCUGACCUGAAGGGCAUGCUGCGUGCCAUGGCGCUCUUCAUCAAGCACCUGAACGCUCGCGGCUACAUGCACUUCGACCUGAAGCCCGCCAACCUGCUAUACGACAUCGCGCCUGAUGGCAGCAAGGUCUUCCGCGUGUGCGACUUCAACCUGGCAGUCAAGACCGACAGCAAUGGCCGCGUCGCGCGCGCCCAGGGCGGCACCCGCGGCUUCUGGGCGUGGGAGACGUACUGCCAGCUGGAGGGCCUGGAGGUGAAGCACCCCAUCACCCGGGCCGCUGACGUGGCCUCCAUGGGGCUGGUGCUGGCGGACGCCGCCGGGCUGCACUGCCUGGGGGGCGGGACCCAGGCCUACCUGGAGUACCUGCGCGACCUGCCCCGCCGCACGCCGCCCGCGCUCAAGGAACUGAUCGAGUGGAUGGUGGCGGAGGACCCCGCCGCACGCCCCACUCCGGACCAGAUCCUGGCGCACCGGUGGCUGACGGAGUAGUGACGUGGCUAUUGCGAAGGUGACGGGUUGCAAGUAGCUGUGAUGAGACGGGGGGCAAGGGCGCGGGGGCACGCACGGCAUCAGCGGUUCCCCCUGCACGGCAUGGUUGCAUGGCAAAGCUUGCAGGCCGUGGUGCGUCGCUAGGGCGAUUGGGGUUGCAUUGAGAACAGUGGCUCAAUUGGGGACGCCAUGCACCCACAGCAGCUGCAGGGGUAUUGCACUUGACAGGACGGCUGGGCUUUCAGCUUUUAUCUUGUGCUGUGCCAGUCUGUAUGGAUCCACCGGUUUUGUUUUGCAUACGGCUCGUGCCAGCUCGUGCUGUCGUGCCUGGCCACAACCACAGUGACUUCUGCAUGUUGGUUGCCACAAACGUGUACAUGUGUGUCUGGGAUCGUGCGUCCUUAUAUAUGGCUCACGUAGCCUGAAUGGUAAUAAGACUUGAUGACUAGCUGAGACUGCUUAGAUUGCAUUGGUAACAAGAGGGACGCAGUUCACGCGCCAGUGACUGCUUAGGAUUUCCGUACGUAGGGUUGUGAAAGCGUUUUCCUUGUAAGGGGCCCGUAGGCCGGCAAUCAUGCAGGACCGCCAGUGAGGCGAGGUAGCGUAGUUGGCCAUCGACGGCGAUGCUGGACUGCGUGCCCGAUGAGCUGCUAGUGCUGGCGGGGGCAUAUGAAAUGUUGCGCACGAGCAGAACAUUCCGGUGUAGCAGCACCGGAAUGUCCGGUAACCCGUUAGGUACUGUUACAUCAGGCUUGCGCAAAUCUACUUCACU